AUAUUAGUGCUAGCCAGUGCCAGUGCGUCAGCCGAUCAUAUAGAGUGUGUAUAUAAUCUGCCAAACGUGUAUCUAUGAUUACUCAAGUUCGUAUGCUUCUACGAUUCCCGCUUUUACGUUCUGUCAGUUUUCGUGACUUUUUAAUCUUCGAGCGAACAACGAAGCAACAAGACCUUAUAGAUAAGUGCUCAUUAACGAACGAGUCAUGGGGGACGCAGCGAUGAACGUCGCAGUGUCCGGUGGCGGUAGUCAGCGUGUCGUCAAAGAAGGCUGGCUUCAAAAACGCGGAGAGCAUAUAAAGAAUUGGAGAUCAAGAUAUUUCGUCCUCAGAGAUGAUGGUACUUUGGUUGGUUUCAAAGCUAAACCAGAUCAACAAAUGGCAGCUACAGCUCAACCAUUAAAUAAUUUCACAGUACGUGGAUGUCAAAUAAUGUCUGUGGAUAGACCUAAACCAUAUACAUUUGUGAUCAGGGGUCUACAAUGGACAACCGUAAUCGAAAGGACCUUUCAUGUAGAAACAGAACAGGAAAGAGAAGACUGGGUAGCAGCAAUUAGGUAUGUAGCCGAUAGAUUAGAGAAUGAAGAACAACAACAACAACAGCCACAAAUGCAACAAUCUUCUUCAUCAGAAGAUAUCGAUAUGGAAUCUAUGGGAGGUGGGAGGUCAGAUUCAUGUGGAUCUCUUAGUGUAGUCUCUGCAGACAUUGAUGGCGGCAGUAUCGAUGAAUUAUCUGCUAAGUUCAGUGUACAGGGAACUUCAAGUAGUAAAAGCAGUGGCAAGAAGAAAGUAACUCUUGAAAAUUUUGAAUUCUUAAAAGUUCUAGGAAAAGGUACAUUUGGAAAAGUAAUUUUGUGUAGAGAAAAAGCAACAGGACAUUUAUAUGCUAUUAAAAUUUUAAGAAAAGAAGUUAUCAUUCGUAAAGAUGAAGUUGCACACACCCUUACGGAGAAUAGAGUUUUACGUACUACAAGCCAUCCUUUUUUAAUUUCUUUAAAAUAUAGUUUCCAAACGGCAGACAGACUAUGCUUUGUAAUGGAAUAUGUAAAUGGCGGAGAAUUAUUUUUUCAUUUAAGUCGAUCUCGUAUAUUUACUGAAGAUCGUACUCGAUUUUAUGGAGCUGAAAUAAUUUCAGCAUUGGGCUAUCUUCAUUCUCAGGGUAUCAUUUAUCGUGAUUUAAAAUUAGAAAAUCUCCUUUUGGAUAAAGAUGGGCACAUAAAAAUUGCUGAUUUUGGUUUAUGUAAGGAGGAUAUCACAUAUGGAAGAACUACAAAAACAUUUUGUGGGACACCCGAAUAUUUAGCACCUGAGGUACUGGAAGAUAAUGAUUAUGGACGAGCAGUAGAUUGGUGGGGUGUGGGUGUUGUUAUGUAUGAAAUGAUGUGCGGUCGAUUACCUUUUUAUAAUAGAGAUCAUGAGAAACUUUUCACCCUUAUUCUAUUAGAAGAAGUAAAAUUUCCCAGAACUAUUAGUAAUGAGGCAAAAGACAUGUUGGGUGGACUUUUAAUUAAAGAUCCCAGUAGAAGAUUGGGUGGUGGACCUAAUGAUGCAAAGGAUAUAAUGAAUCAUGCAUUUUUUUCGUCGAUUGACUGGUCAGAUCUUGUACAGAAAAAAAUACCACCGCCUUUUAAACCACAAGUUACAUCAGAUACCGACACGAGGUAUUUUGAUAGUGAAUUUACCGGCGAAAGUGUCGAACUUACACCUCCUGACCAAGGUUGUUUAGGAAGUGGAGGUGGUUUAAAUUCUAUUGCAGAAGAACAGGAACAUUUUCCUCAGUUUUCUUAUCAAGAAAGCCAUUCUGCUGCAACUUCUUCCAUUGUUUCUAUUAAUCACUGACAAUACCAUAAGGUUUUUGGAUUCUUAUGUUGAAGUGUGUGAUGAAGUGCAUGGAGAAUCAGGUAGAUGUAUAUUUAAGAACUGUCCGAAGCUUAAAUAUUCUUGAAACAUAGAUCAGUCAGAUUUCUGUCGAUUUUUGAUGCUUUUUUGUGCAUCUACUAUAGUUUGA